UGACACAUCCGUCACUUAAUUAUUUCCUGCCAUAAAAAUGGGACAAUAUUUUAGCUCAGUUAUAUCAAGAAUAUUAGAUUAUCCAUUAAAACCAACAAGAUACUGUGCCUUUAUUCCUGAAGUGCCUCUUGACGAAAAAGUUUAUAGUGAAACCGGAGAAGAGGAAACGGAAUCAAAGUACGACAAACUCGUUAACGAUUUCAACAAGAAACUCCUAGAGAACAGAACUGAACAGAAGCGGCAAAGGAUUGAUGGGAAAAGUUGGGAAGAAAAGAACUUAGCGAUAAACUUUCCCGAUUGGAACGAAUCAACAAUCUCCUAUUUACAUAGCUUGUUCCUAACUUUUCUUAAUGAGAGUAAUAAGAUGAUCGAUUUCGAAGCAUUUUCCUGCAUUCUACUUUGCCUCUGGUGUGAUUCUGAUGUAGAAAAAAGACGGAAACGAUUCAAUGUAAUAGACACAAACCAAGAUGGUUUCAUAGACUACCUAGAUUUUUUAGAGCUUGUUUAUUAUUACGACAAUAUGGCUGAUUCUUCCAGAAAAAUUGCAGAACAAACACAGCUUAUAAAUAAGUUAUCAAUUGGAGAACAGUUGGAGUACGGUCUAUUUUAAAGUAUGACCUUAUUUUUCAUGUUGUGUCUAGUCUGAGAACUCUGAGUUUACCCGCAUCGGCCAUUAUGCAAGCUGCAUCGUUUUUUCCACCGCAAUAUUUAGAAGAUGAAAAUACUGUCAGCAAUUUUCCUUUUUGAUUAACCUAAAAGUGGAAGUGAUAUUGUUUUAACACAUAUUACUAUUUUUUAGUUACAUAUUUUUAUUGUUUAAUAAAACAGUCUUAAUAAAUAA